AUGAUUUCUAUUCAGAAUGCCAAUACUGAAUGGCAUAAAGAUGUUCCAGCUGACAUUGUAAAUAGUGCAACUAAGAAAGAUGAGAGCAAGGAAUAUGACUGUGAGCAAAAUGCAGAUGCCAACUCCUAUAAUCUCGAUGCUAAACUCGCCGAGGAGUCCCACCAGAUUGUUGGUGUGACCAAAGAAGAUCACGUUCGCUCUCGAGCCAAGCGGGGUCAAGCCACAAAUAGUCACAGUCUUGCAGAAAGAGUUCGAAGGGAAAGGAUUAGUGAAAGGAUGAGGUUUCUUCAAAAUCUUGUUCCAGGGUGCGGUAAGAUUACUGGUAAAGCAGUAAUGCUUGAUGAAAUUAUCAACUAUGUCAAGUCACUCCAACAGCAAGUUGAGUUCCUGUCGAUGAAGCUUGCGGCGGUUCAUCCAGAAAUUAAUUUGAAAGUGGAGCAGAGUCUUCUGAAAGAUUGUGGAAGUCCAGCUGCUCCUGGGUACUGUUCAAGAUUAAGCACCUACCAGUCUAAUGGAUGGGGAAGCACACCGACAGGAAUGAUCUACCCACUUGCACACAAUUCAGGGACUAGCAUCUCUCAGAUUCCCUCCAUGGCUCAGGCAUCAAUUCUGUGGGAUGCUGAGCUCCACAAUGUUCUCCAUAUGCACUUCAAUUCAGAUCCCCCAUCCAGAACCCAAUAGAUAAAUGGAGUGCAUCCAGACAGAGUGCUGAAUGAUUCAUGGAAGAAAGUAAUAAGAUGCUUUUCUGCUUUUUAUAUGGGUAUGUCUACUGGUAUCAGGAAUUCUUACAGAAAACAUGACACUUGCUUCAUGUAUAUAGUCAGAGUUAGCUAGUUGCUGGACUGAGGAAAGCAAGUAGUCUCUGGUGAUGUAUUUGUUGUUUGGUAUGUGAAAAAGGAAAUUGUGUUGGAUUUUGCAGAAACUGUUUAUUGGUUUUUAAUGAAUUAUUGUUUCAAGAAUAGAGGACUGAAUUAUUACAUAAUCUUUAAA